GGGAGAUGAAGGUGGAGGAGAUGGAAGACAUGUUGAAGUGAAAGAGAAAACUCAGAGGAAGGAAAACAUUUGGCAGAAACGAUGACGACUAAAGAGCUGCUGGUAGAAACCCUGGAUCAGCUGAGUGCAGGAGACUUCUGGGACUUCAAGCUGUUCAUGGUAGCAGAGAAGUUUUUGCCGCAAACACCGAGGCUGUGGUGGAGCUGAUGAUGAGGACGUGCAGAGGAAGGUGUGUGGAGGAGACCAGGAAGAUUUUACUGAAGAUGAGGCGGCAGGACCUGCUGCACAGACUGGCAGGGGUCAGAGAGAAUCCAUCUUUAAUCCAGAGAGCGGGAGCGAUGGCGUCGGUUUUGGAGCUGCUGAUGGAAACGCUGUCGGCUCUGAGUGGCGGCGGCUUGAGGGAGUUCUGGGAGCGGUACCUGCUGCUGGAACCUUCUGCGCUGGCGCCGCCGAGGACUGACCCGGAGAUCGCAGCGAUCUCAUUGGUUCAGAGUCACGGCAAACAGUCUGUGGACGUCACCAGGAGGAUUUUAGUGGACAUCAACCAGAACCAUCUGGUCCAGAGUCUGCUGGACUGCAGGUCCAGAAGCAGAAAACCACAUGAUGACCAUCUGUCGGCGCUGAUCCACAAAGCAGCAACGAUGGCAGCUGUGAAAGAGCUUCUGCUGGAAACUCUGAUGGAUUUGAAUCAUUUAGAUCUGGGAAUUUUCAAGAUCUUCCUGAACGUUGAGUCCUUCCAGAACAAGUUUCCACAAAUCUCAUGGAGCGAUCUGAAAAAGUCAAACUGUAAAAAUAUGGUGGAUCUGCUGAUGGGCUCGUAUGGCCAGCAGUGUCUGGAGGUGACCAGGCAGGUUCUGAUGGACAUGAACAGAACCGACCUGUUGGAGAAGCUGCCAGAGAAAAGCUGUGGAGCCGAAGAGAAACUUUCUGUGGAGGAACUUUGGCCCGGACUGAUCGACAAAGUUGAAGCCAUGGAGUCGAUCAUCGAGCUGCUGCUGGAAACUUUGGGUGAUCUCAGUGAAGAGGAGCAGAUGUUCUUCAUCACGGUGUUGGGUCAGAGUCAGCGUGACGUUGCAGACAGACUGCUGGCCGUCAAGGAGCUGCUGCCCGCUGUGCUUGUGAUGGUGCAGAUGUUCGGCCAGCGGUCUGUGGAGACGACCAGGGAGGUUUUAAAACGGAUGAGGAGGACAGAUCUGCUUCAGGACAUUUCAGUAUCCAGAAGACGACAAGCAAAGAAACUCUCAGCGGACCAGAAGAGCUCUGCUGCUCUACAGAAAGUGGCUCUGAUUGCAGCCUUCAAGCAGCUUCUCACAGAAAUCCUGAGUGAUUUGAAGAAACAGGAGCUGGAGGACUUCAAGAAGUCGCUGCCCUCCACCCUCAGCCUCUCUGGGAAAAACCUCUGGUAUCCUUCGAUGAGGCUGAGAUUUGGACCGUUUGUCCCAAACAUAGUGAAUGAGAUGGUGGAGGAGUUGGGCCUGCAGUCUGUGGAGGUUUCCAUGGAGAUUUUAAUGGAUAUAAACAGGAGCGACCUGGCAGAGCGGCUCCUGGAGACCAGCUCCGGUCUUAAAGGAAAGGUGUCCAUAGAUGAAUAUCAGAGAGUGGUCAUGCUAAACACAGUUCCAGCAAAGAUGGCUGUCAGAAACACUCUUCUGAAGAUGAUGAUGGAGCUGGGCCACAGCGAUGUCUGGAGGUUCAAACGCUUGCUGCAGUUCACAUGUUUCCAGAAAAGCCUCCCAGAACUCCCAGUCAGCGUGCUGUGGCCCAUGAACCGGACCGGCAGGGCAGCGGAUCCGGGACAGGAGGGCCCGGCAGACCUGGUGGAUCAGAUGGUGCAGAAACUAGGAGGGGAGUCUGUGGGUGUGGCCCGGGAGGUUCUGAUGGACAUGAACAGAACUGAUGUGGUUCAGAAGCUGGCCGGGAUCAGGUCUGGAUCAACAGAGGAGUUUCAGUCGCUGUUGUUCCAGAAAGAAGCAAGUCUAACUGCAAUUAUGGAGAAACUUCUAGAAACAUUUGAAGAUUUAGGUGAAGCAAAGUUUGAACAUUUUCAGAGAGUCGUACAGAAGAGUUUGUCCAGGAAAGCCGGGAGAGGAACUGUCGCUAUGGAGAAGGGAAGGAAGCUGAAGGUGGCAGAGCUGAUGUUGGAGCAGUUUGAUGAACAGACGUUGGACAUGGCGGCGCUGGUUUUAAAAAAGAUUCAUCGCUCUGAUUUGGUGCAGAAGAUCUCAGGAAAAAUCCCAGCAGGUCCGUCAGGACCUUCACGGGUUGCCAAGGGUCGUGAAGGAGAAAAGCUGGACUCCAGCUGCUGGACUGAACUGGUACCGGAGGUGAACCAGACAGAAUCUCCAACAUACAGCCUCCAGAGUGAAGCUGGACUCUUUGAGUGCAGCGUUUCUGGUCUUCGCUGGUUCUGCUCCGAACGGGUCGUCUUCAGGUACUGGUUCUGCUCCUGGGACGGACACAUGGAGAGGAUGGAGAGCAGAGGAUACCGGCCUGCUGGUCCUUUACUGGACAUCAGUCUGAUUACUGGGAGGAUGACGGAGGUGUUCCUGCCCCACUGGAUCUGUGUCGAUGACGUCCGUAAACCUUUGGAGCAGUUUGCUGUCCUCCACAUGGACGACUGUGGAGACGCUGUGGAGAAAGUCUCUGAGGUCUCACCGUCACACGUCAAACUAACUGAACCCAUUUUCUCUCCGAGAGCGGUUCUGAUGAGAGCCGGCUUUCCUGUGAAGGUCUACUGCAACAUGUUGCUUUAUCAGGCCAACACGGCUUUCCUCACGCUGCACGUUUACCUCAUCCCACGCGACCCGGCCUUACAGCAGGCAAUGGACCGGAAAGAAACUUCUUAUGGAUACAAAGUGAUCCAAAAACCCGACCCGGAGAAGUCCCUGAAAAUGAACAAUUACUUCUUCCUCACAUCAGAUCUGGAGGCUGCAGAAGUUUCUCCUAAAACGGGAAUUAAACUCCGAUAUCCAAGAGGAAAACCAAAUUUUUUUGAGGUUUAUGUUGAAAAUGCAAACAGAAACUUCAGUCUGACACUCAGACCCGACAGAGAGGGCCAGCCGGUUUGGGAGUGUUCUGUUCGAAAAGAUGAGUAUCAAAGCAGUGGCCAAGCACAAGAGAUUCAGAGUGUGGAUGAACAUCUGGCUGCAAUGAUGCAGAGAGCAGCGACCAUCACAUCAGACAAGGAGAUGCUUUUAAACCUGAUGAAAGACCUGAAACAAGAGGAGCUGAAAGGCUUCAAAUGGUUCCUGAGGAACAGGGAUGUGAGCUCAGGCUUCCCACAGAUCCCAGUGACUCUCCUGGAUGAGGCCGAUGCCUCAGACCUGGUGGACCUGAUGAUGAAGACCUACAGCCACAGGGCCGUGGAGCUCACCAAGGACAUUUUUAAGCAAAUUAACAGGAAUGAUCUGGUGGAGAUGUUUCCAGGCACCAGCUUGACUCGCCACGGUUCCUCAGAUUUAUAUCUGACCGUCUAAACCUCGUUCUUCCGAAGAAUCAUCAGAACCGACCUGCUUGGAGUUCAUCUGCUUUUCCUUCCUGGAGAAUUAAAAUCCCCACAUUGAUGUGCAUGACCUCUACAUGUGACCAAAACUGAAUAAAAUGACUUUUUAAAUCUAA